CAAGACAAGCCCACUUUCUCAAUGCGAGAGUAUUCAAGAAUUGGUGAAAACCAAGAUCUAAUCAAGUACGUAGUCUAACUUACUCAGUAUGGGUAACUAAGACAUAGGAUCAAAAAGCCCCUCGCUGUUUUAGACUUGACCUCUCCGGCACGCGAUACCGCCACCCACUUCGCGUCCUUUGACCGGUGGGACCUUUUCGAAGCACCUCACAUGUGGCAAGUCAGCCCUGAGAUCCAGCUUCCCGGUGAGUGGACUUCUUCACGUCUACAAUGCCGUAGUCCCAGAUGCCGUGCGGGCUAGAAUUAAUGAUUCGAAGUCUGUAUCGAUGUAAGCUAUGUACUCACGGCCGAGAGAACAGUUUUUCAUUCAUACUACCCACAGUCCAUACACAGGACAAGUAUAACGCAUGCAUACCAGACCUGUCGUCGCAUGUACAUCACCGCGCAUAUAUGCGAGUAGGGAAACAUCUACUCAUACCACGCAAACGCCCAUGCGGGUACGUAGAAAGAAGAAGAAAUGGAGAUGUUGGAAAUCCACUCUCCCGUAUGACUCACCAAUUCCGAUCGUCCGUGUACCCUUAUCAUUUCCAAACGCAUAUAGAACUGGAUCUAUACUGCCUGCUCUGUAUACCUACCUAUGAUGAUGGCAAACCGACGCCUUUGCACAGAAGCCACCGUCUCAUGUCGUUGAAAUUUGAAAUCACCCGGGCACAAAGUCUGAAGCAAAUGUCUUUGACUGACCAAUAGUAGAAGGGCGAUUUUUUUUAUACCUGCUCUUCAAAGGCGCACAUAGAAACAUCUGCAAAAGAAAAAGAAGGAAGGCUGGGAAACAUCUCCAUCCGAUAGAGGGUCCCGG